AUGCUUGCUAAUAUUAUUUCCAAGACUAGACCAGUGAUUGCCCGCCAAGGAGCGUGGACUCCGUCGAAACCUGUCCUGCUGAUGAUACAUCGAAACCAGUCCAACAGACAAGACCGCACAAGCGAGCAGGAGCUAGCAGAGCGCCAAGAGCAACCACAGACACCACCUCCAACUGCCAACACUGGCCAGGGCACUACGUCUAGCGACAAGAUCCACGAUGCCAUUGAGACUGAUGAGGCGGAUGCUGUCCACGGUCCGCUCAAAGGAAAAGGCGGGAAAUACUCGACACCCAGUCAAGAAGAGCUCCAAGCAGACAAAGGGGAUUACCCAACGAAAUCAAAUUGA